GCCGGGUCCAGCAAGGUUACAAGAAGGCUUGCUUCAUCUUUCUCGCCCUCGUUUAGUUUUUCUGCGAUUCAAUCCUUCCGAUUAGGGUUCACCUGCACCAAUAGAGCACGAUAUUGGAUCUGAAGAUGGAUGUUGACGCUCCUCACGCAAUGGGCACUACUAUUAUCGGAGUCACUUACAACGGAGGCGUUGUCCUCGGAGCUGACUCUCGUACCAGCACAGGCGUUUAUGUUGCUAAUCGAGCAUCGGACAAGAUUACACAGCUGACCGACAAUGUUUACGUUUGUCGCUCCGGAUCGGCUGCCGAUUCUCAGAUUGUCUCUGACUAUGUGCGUUACUUUCUCCAUCAACACACGAUACAGCUAGGGCAGCCUGCAACGGUCAAAGUUGCUGCAAACCUUGUCAGGCUAUUAUCCUACAAUAACAAGAACAUGUUGCAAACUGGUAUGAUUGUUGGUGGGUGGGACAAAUAUGAAGGCGGUAAAAUUUAUGGAAUUCCUCUCGGUGGAACAAUAAUAGAGCAGCCUUUUGCUAUUGGAGGAUCUGGCUCCAGCUACUUGUAUGGAUUCUUUGACCAAGCAUGGAGGGAAGGAAUGACCAAGGAUGAAGCAGAGCAAUUAGUUAUUAAGGCUGUUUCACUUGCCAUUGCAAGAGAUGGUGCUAGCGGAGGUGUUGUUCGGACCGUCAUUAUAAACUCCGAUGGUGUGACUAAGAACUUCUACCCCAGUGACAAACUUCCAUUAUGGCAUGAAGAGUUGGAGCCUCAGAAUUCAUUAUUGGACAUAUUGAACUCAACGUCUCCUGAGCCAAUGAACAUUUAGAAAUCUUGGGGUCCUUCUGGACCUGAUUAUGUUUGGUUUUCAGCACACUUGCAUCCCAAAUAGAAUGUUUAAUUUUCGUUCGGAAAUUGGUGGAUGUGUUCAUGUCCUAGUCACAUUUGUCAUGAAAACUUUGCUCAUGUGGUUUAUGGUGCUGUGCGUUUGCUGGAUGAUUCACUCUUUAAUCAGAUUUCUGUCUAUCUUUUUUGUUGUC